ACAGCGAGUUGGCACGUGACGAGCGCAGUGACGUAAGGAUCGUGACGAGCCCGGAAACAAAUAUAAACAAUCGAUAGAAAGAGAAACCAUGUACGUCUGAUAAGUGUUUUCCUCUGGCUCUCCUACGAUGUUUGCACUUUAUUUCAAACGGAUGGCCGGUUUUUGAAAGACGAAGGCGAGCCUCUCACGGAUUACUGAGCCCUGCUGAUAUGUUAGCCAUCAGAUCAGCAGAGGAAGCCGAGUCCCCUGAAAUGGAGGAUAUGGACACCUCAGAGCCCAGCUGGUGCUGGUUCUAUCUGGCAGAGUGUGGAGUGUGGCAUAUGUUUGAGGUCGACCCCAGCGCAGCCUGUUCUGUGACCAGUGCUCAGAUAGAACAGUGCUACAGCAGGAACCAGCAUGGGGUCAUGGAGUUCUACACGGCCAAAUACACCUACAGACUCGACUUCUCAGUCAUGAGGCAGAUCAACGUCACCACAGGGAAGCAGCGGCCAAUCAAACGGGCUCUUCAUUCUGCAACCGGCUUCAGGUUUAUCUGUGAUAACCUGGCGUUGCCUGUACCGUGCCAUUGGGAGAGAAUAAACACAGACGAGCCAUAUCAGCUCGUCUCACUGGGCAGAGACACGUACGAGUUUAAGGAGGUGGCCCGGCUGUACGAGAAGACGAUGGGCCACCCCCUCAAGUCCAUACAGCGGGUGCAGAACCUCGACCUCUGGGAGUUCUUCUGCAGGAAGAAAACCCAGCUGCGCAAAAUCAAGCGGACGAUGGAGAUCGAGGAGCGCAUGCUGUUCCACGGCACGGGCCACAGCAACGUGCAGGCCAUCUGCACGUACAACUUCGACUGGCGGCUGACCGGCAGCCACGGCGACGUGUACGGCAAAGGGAGCUACUUCGCCCGGGACGCCAAAUACUCGAGUAAGUUCUGCCUGACGACGGGGAAGCACAACACCACGCUGCAACGCCACGGCCUGGCCCCGCCCAUCUUCGCCAGCGAGCCGCCCUUCAAGACCAUGUUCCUGGCGCGCGUGCUGGUGGGCGAGUACACGGCCGGACACCCCAUGUACUGCCGGCCGCCCUCCAAGGACACCAGCUUCACGCACUUCUACGACAGCUGCGUGGACGACAUGGGCAACCCCAAGAUCUACGUCAUCUUCGACAGCAACCAGAUCUACCCCGAGUACCUUCUGGAGUUCUACUGACCGCCACCGGAGGGAGCCCAGGGAGUUAAAGAACCACAUUUAUAUAUACUUUUUUUUCCACUAUUACUAUUAUUUAUAACUUCUGUUCAGAAUCACCAGGUGUGCAGCGGGGCCACGGGUCGAUCCCGAGUUGAGGGAUUUUAGUGCAAGCCCUGCGCCCCAUGAGGUGAAGGGGAGACGCGGAGGGCGAGAUACCAACGGCUGAACGGUUUCUCUCCUGCACUCCACUGGGACCUGGCUCAUCUCAAGUGCCUUGAGGGAAUACUUGGACCACCAAGAAGACAACACAGAGCUCGUUGUAUUGUAUUUUAUACACACUCCGCCAUUGACUAUUAUGGGAUGUCUGCCUGUGAGGAAAAUAAUCAGCCUGUGAUUCACAGGCGGCCUCACUUUUUAAUAGAGCAUUAUUUCUAUUACAUUUUUGUUGCAUUGUCGUUGUUGCCGUAAUAAAUUAGAUAAGGGAAUGGAUCAAGGUACGCUUUUGAAACUGUCCUGUUGGAAUCUUCUGGAAUUGUCCUGGCAUUAAUGCAACCCUGGAACCCUUCUUUUGUGAGAAUGUUGUUGGGAAACUUAAACUCCCCACAUUAGACGCCAACCGUGUUCCAAAGCAUUCACGCAAUUGUGUCGCCCUAGGCUCAGCUUUGAGCGGGUGUUGCUACACCCGACUGUAAAUGAAUUGUCUGCCCUAUGUCCUGAUUCUCAAAGCCUUCGUUUCAUGCAUUGUGACCCCUUUCAUGUCCUGUUUUUGUUUUUCUCGCCAUAAUAGAUUAGGUAGCCUAGCGUGAAUUAUGUCGCUGUUAUAAGCAACUUCAAAGUCUUAUUAAGCCUUUUUUUGUGUCUUGACAUUAGGUAUGCAUGUAAAGAUUUGUAUUCAUGUCUUAUUCUUAUGAUUCAAAACAGCCACUACCUCUGCUCGUUUGUUUAAUUUCGUUUUACAAAGUCAUGUACGUUAUGUCUUAUUUUUACCUUUCUGUGAAAGGACCUUUCAUUGUGUCACAGUGACAUACUUUUCACUCUUCACUUUGCACACGGGCAUCAAUGCUGUUCUGUAUGUACAGUACUUCAUGAUCAUUGGAAAUGUGACAAAGAAUAAAAAAGGCCGAAAUUCAUUAAAAAAGUGAUUCAAU